CAAGCAGGGAGGGGAGGGAGGUUUUUUACAAAAUCUUUAGCAGAGCCCAUCUCAGUUCUGGACAAGCUCUAGAGAGAAAGGGGACAAGGAGGGCCACACUCCCUGAUCAGAUUUUUUUGAAUCCUGUGUGACUGUGACCAUGCGUCUGGUGUGUGUGUUCCUCUUGGCUGCCCUGCUCCCCUCGACUCUCUCCCACAACAACAGACAGGACCCCUUCGCCUGGCUGUACGGCCCGCGGAGCCAAGGCUACUAUUUGGGAUCCCUGCAGGCGGACAACACAGGAGGGGACUGCCCUCCAGAGUGCGACUGCCCCCCGACCUUCCCUGUUGCCAUGUACUGCGAUGGGCGGGGGCUGAAGGUCAUGCCAACCAUUCCCUCCCGCAUGAAGUACUUAUACCUGCAAAACAAUGCCAUCACAGCUGUGCCUGACUCAUCUCUGGUUAAUGCUACCAAUUUGGUGUGGCUCAUGAUGCACUACAACCAGCUGACAUCGGACAAGAUUGGCGAGAAGGCAUUUCUCAAGAUGCAGGGACUGGAGCGUUUAUAUCUACAACACAACAAUUUGACCCGCAUUCCUCGUAACCUGCCUCGCUCUCUGCGAGACCUGAGAGUCAGCCAUAACAGCAUUGAAAAGGUAACACCUGCAGAUUUAGAGGGAAUGGAUAACCUCACAAUUCUGUAUCUCCAUGACAACGCUGUGACAGACAUGGGCACCUCACUGAAGGGACUGAAAUCUCUCAUGCUGCUGGAUGUCAGCGGCAACAAGUUGAAGAAGGUCCCACAGGCUCUCCCUGAGCGCCUGCACCAGCUCUACCUGGAGUUCAACUCCAUUGAUUCUCUGCCAGAUGACUUCCUGGGCCGUGUUACUCAGCUGCAGUACAUCAGAAUGGCCCACAACGAACUCACAGACAAGGGCAUUCCUCCAAACACCUUCAAUGUGACUGGCUUGGUGGAGCUGGACCUGAGCUACAACAAACUGGAGAGGAUCCCCCCUGUCAGCACCACGCUACAGCAUCUGUACUUGCAGGCCAAUCAGAUCAAAGAGUUCACCCUGGGUAGUUUCUGCAGCAUCGUGGAUGUGACCAACUUUUCCAGGCUGCAGACGCUGAGACUGGAUGGGAAUGAGAUCAGCAGCCAGGACGUCCCGACAGAUUCAGCCCUCUGCUUGCGCUUGGCUUCCACCAUUGAAGUUUAACUGUGCGCACAUCACAAUUUGUGGCACACCGCUCAUGAGCAACGUGUUUCCCACAGUGCAAAAGGCCAGAAUGUGAAAAGGUCAAUGUGCCAACACCUGAGAACAGCAGUGACAAUUAUUGAAUUAUUGUUUAAUAUCAACAGGGGGCAGCAGCUCUUUAUAUCAGCUUGUUACUGUUCAACAUUCACACUACAGAAGGAGGGUAGGCCCUACAACAGUGGGUGUGUAGCAGUGGUUUUCCAACUGAGACGUUGUACCAGAGAUUUCAAAUUCAAGGCAUUUUGUACAGUAAACAUUAAAGAAGUAGAUCUUCAAAGUUUGUACAAAUAAACUCCUACCUAUAAAAUACCUAUUCUAUCAGCUACAGGCGUAAUGAUGUGCUUCUUUUUUCUUAAUUCAGUAUUUCCUUGACCUGAUCUUGAUCUUCUCUCUAUGUCGUUGUGAGGAUCAGCGAUCUUUGUGGUCAAUAUUUUGAUUCUGUUUCUGUCCUUCUCUCCCUCCAGCUAUCUUGCUCUACCCCUUCCCUCACUUUGCCCUAUAAGUUGAAGUUGACAAUAAUAUAUACUUUUUAGGAAGUUUAAUUUCAAAAUACUAGGUGUCAUAGUCAUAGAAUACUAUAACACUAAGCAUGGAUAGUACUGUAUUAUCUGCUGCAUGAGAAUAUAUGUAUCACGUCUCUCAAAUCAAGGCCAAAUGAGAUAUCUCAUUGCAGUUGGGUGCUUUGUACCAAUAAUUUUAUUUCACUGAGUUGCUGUAUUUUUAGUAUUUUAUCCCAGGGAGGGUCCUCUUUUUGCGCACAAAUAUAGUAAUGGCAACAUGUGAGGUCUUUGGGCAUAUGAGACAUAAUAUUUGAUUUAUGCAUUGCAUGAAUUGAUCAUCAAAGUGACAAAGGUUUUGAAUAAAUAUGUUUACAAGCCUG